AAACAAAUGCUGAAAAACAGGAAGAGGAGAAAGAGAAGAAGAAGGGAGAGAACAAAGACGCUGAAAUGGCACAAAUGGUGGAGGAUGAAAAAGGAGACAAAAAGGUAGAGAUAGAAGCAAGAGAGAAAGAGGAGCAAGGAGAGGUAAAUGUAGAAGAAGAAAAGGUAAAGGAAAAGGAUGAAGAGGACAGACAGCUAGAGGAAGAAAUGAAAAAGGGAGAGAUAGAGCUUGGGGCUGAAAAGCAAGAAGAAGAAGAGGUGCUUAUGGAGGAAGGAAGAGAAGAUGAAAUAGCAGAGAAAGAAGAGGAAAUGGAGGACAAACAAGAACAAGAACAACAGAUUAAUGAAAGAGAAGAAGAGUUGGAGGACGAACAGACUGAUGAAACAGUAGAAACGAAAGAGGCAGAACAAAAGGAGGCACCAAGAGAAGAAGAACAGACUGAACAGGUAGAAAAGAUGGAAGAAACUAUAGAAAUGGAGACACCCAAAGAAGAACAAGAACAGACUGAUGAAACAGGAGAAAAGCUGGAGGAGGAAGACAAAAAAAUGGAGGCCCAAAAAGAUGAAGGAGAACAGAUCGAAAAAGUAAAAAAGAUGGAGGAAAAGACGGAAAGGGAGGCACCAAAUGAAGAACAACAACAGAUUGAAAAAGAAGAAAAGAUGGAAGGAACGUCAGAAAUGGAGACACUGAAAGAAGAACAAGAACAACUGAUUGAUGAAACAGGAGAAAAGCUGGAGGAGGAAGACAAAAAUGAGGAACCAGAAGAAGAACAAGAGCAACAGGUGAAAGAAGUAGAAAAGAUGGAGGAAACAGUAGAAAUGGAGACACCAAAGGAUGAACUCCAACAGAUCGAAGAAGUAGGAAAGAUUAUAGGAAUAUCAGAAAUGACGACACCGAAAGAAGAACAAGAACAACAGACUAAAGAAGCAGAAAAAAUGGAAAAUGUGACAGAAACAGAGACACUAAAGGAAGAACAGGAGCUACAGAUUGAAGAAAAGAUUGAGGAAAAGACAGAAAUGGAGACACCAAAAGAAAAGGGACAACAACAAAUUGAAGAAGUAGAAAAGAUGGAAGAUGUGACAUCAACAGAAGACAAACAACAGACUGAUGAAACAGUAGAAAAGAUGGGGGGACAAGAAGGAAAGGAGGAACCAGAAAAAUACCAGGAACAACAGAUUGAAGAAGUAGAAAAGAUGGCAUCAAAUGAAGAACCAGAACAGCAGAUUGAAGAAGUAGAAAAUUUCGAGGAAACAAGAGAAAAGGAGGCACAGAAAGAUAAAGAAGAACAACAGAUUGAUGAAACAGGAGAAAAGCUAGAGGAGGAAGACAAAAAUGAGGCACUAAAAGAAGAACAAGAGCAACAGGUGGAAGAAGUGGAAAAGAUGGAGGAAAUAGCAGAAAUGGAGACACCUAAGGAUGAAGACCAACAGAUCGAAGAAGCAGGAAAGAUCGAGGCAAAGGCAGAAAAGGAGGCACCAAAAGAAGAACAACAGAUUGAAGAAGUAACAAAGAAGGAAAAAACGUCAGAAAAGGAGACACCGAAAGAAGAACAAGAACAACACAUUAUAGAAGUAGAAAAUAUUGAAGAACAGACAGAAAAGGAAGCACCAAAAGAAGAAGUACAACAACAGAUUGAAGAACUAGAAAAGAUGGAGGAAACAGUAGAAAUGGAGACAUCAAAGAAUGAACUCCAACAGAUCGAAGAAGUAGAAAAGAUGGAGGCAAACACAGAAAUGGAGGCACCAAAAGAAGAACAACAACAAAUUGAAGAAAUAGAAAAGAUUGAAGAAACGUCAGAAAUGAUGACACCGAAAGAACAAGAACAACAGACUAAAGAAGCAGAAAAAAUGGAAAAUGUGACAGAAACAGAGACACUAAAGGAAGAACAUGAGCUACAGAUUGAAGAAGUAGAAAAGAUGGAAGAUGUGACAUCAACAGAAGACAAACAAGAAGAAAAACAACAAAUUGAUGAAACAGUCGAAAAGAUGGGGGAAGAAGAAAGAAAGGAGGAAUCAAAAAAAUACCAGGAACAACAGAUUGAAGAAGUAGAAAAUAUCGAGGAAACAACAGAAAAGAAGGCACCAACAGAAGAACGAGAAGUAGGAAAGGAAGAUGCGACAGUAACAGAGGCAACGAAAGAAGAAGAACAGGUGGACGAAAAAGCAGAAGAGAUGGAGGAAGAAGAGGCACACAAAAAAGAACAAGAACAAAAAACUAAAGAAAUAGAAAAGAUGGAGGAAAUGACAGCUAUGGAGGUACCAAAUGAAGAACAAGAGCAACAGGUGGAAGGAGUGGAAAAGAUAGUGGAAACCACAGAAAAGGAGUCACAGAAAGAAGAACAAGAACAUCAGAUUGAAGAAGUAGAAAAGAUGGAGGAAAUAGUAGAAAUGGAGACACUGAAGGAACAAAUUGAAGGAGUCGAAAAUAUUGAAGAUGCAACCCUUACGGAAGCAACAAAAGAAGAACAACAACAGACUGAUGAAACAGUAGAAAAGAUGGAGGAGAAAGAAGAAAAGAAGGCACCAAAUGAAGAAGAAGAACAAAUUGAAGAAGUAGAAAAGAUGGAAGAUGUAACAGUAACAGAAGCAACAAAAGAAGAACAAGAAGAGUUAGAAAAAGUAGAAAACAUGGAGGAAAUGACUGAAAUAAAGACACCAGAGGAAGAGCAAGGACAACAGACUGAAGACAUGGUAGAAAAGAUGGAAGAAACCUCAGAAAUGGAGUCACUGAAAGAAGCACAAGAACAACAGAUUGAAGAACUAGAAAAGAUGGGUGAAACAGUACAAAUGGAGACGCCAAAAGAAGAACAAGAACAACACAUUGUAGAAGUAGAAAAUAUUGAGGAAAAGACAGAAACCGAGGCACCAACAGAAGAACAAGAACAGAUUGAAGAAGUAGAAACGAUCGGGGCAAAGACCGAAAAGGAGGCUCCAAAAAAAGAACAACAGACUGAAACAGUGGAAAAGAUGGAAGAUGUGACAGUAAUGAAAGCAACAAAAGAAGAAGAACAGACUGAUGAAAAUAUUGAAGUAGAAAAUAUCGAGGAAACAACAGAAAAGGAGGCACUGAAAGAUGAAGAAGAGCAGAUUGAAGAAGUAGAAAGGGUGGAGAAAGAGAAAGAAAUGGAGGCACCAUAUGAAGAACUAGAACAGCAGAUUGAAGAAAUAGAAAAGAUGGAGGAAACAGCAGAAACUGAGACACCAAAGGAAAAACAAGAACAACAGAUUGAAGAAGUAGAAAAUAUCGAGGAAACGACAGAAAAUGAGGCACCGAAAGAUGAGGAAGAACAACAGAUUGAUGAAGUAGAAAAGGUGGAGGAAAUGACAGCUAUGGAGGCACCAAAAGAUGAAGGAGAACUGAUUGAAAAACGUGAAAAGAUGGGGGAAAUGACAGCAAUUGAGUCACCAAAUGAAGAACAAGAACAACAGAUUGAACAAACAGUAGAAAUGAUGGAGGGAGAAAAAGAAAAGGAGGCACCAACAGAAGAACAAGAACAGGAGAUUCAAGAAGUAGGAAAGAUGGUAGAUGCAACAGUAAUGGAGGCAACGAAAGAAGAAGAAAAACAGACUGAACAAACAUUAGAAAAGAUAGAGGGAGAAGAACAGGAGACACCAAAAGAAGAAGAGGAACAGCAGGUGGAAGAAGCAGAAAAGAUGGAGGAAACAGCAGAAAUAGAGACUCCAAAGAAAGAACAGGAGCAACAGACUGAAGAAUCACAAAAUGUCCAGGAAAAGACAGAAAUUGAGGUAGAGAAAAAGGAACAAGAACAACAGAUUGAAGAAGUAGAAAAGAUAGAGGAAGAAAAUGAGGCACCAACAGAAGAACAAGAACAACUGAUUGAAGAAGUAGAAAAGAUGGAAGAUGCAACAGUAAUAGAGGCAACAAAAGAAGAACAGGUGGAAGAAAAGGCAGAAGAAAUUGAGGAGGAAGAAGAAAAAAUGGCACUGAAAAAAGAACAAAUUGAAGAAGUAGAAAGGAUGGAAGAAACAACACAAAUGGAGACACAGAAAGAUGAAGAAGAACAACAGAUUGAAAAACUAGAAACGACGGAGGAAAGGACAGAAAUGGAGGCCCCGAAAGAUGAUGGAGAGCAACAGGUUGAAAAAGAAGUAAAGAUCGAGGAAGAAGAAAAAAACGAGGCACCAGCAGAAGAACAAGAGCAAGAAAUUCAAGAAGUAGAAAAGAUGGAAGAUGUGACAGUAAUGGAGGCAAUGAAAGAACAACAACAGACUGAUGAAACAGUAGAAAAGAUGGAUGAAGAAGAAAAAGAAUCAAAAAAAGAACAAGAAAAACAGACUAAAGAAGAAGAAAAGAUGGAAGAUGCAACAGUAACAGGGGUAAUGAAAGAAGAAGAACAACAACAUAUUGAAGAAGUAGAAAAGAUGGAGGGAGAAGAAAAGGAGACACCGAAAGAGGAACAAGAACAUGUGGAAGAAGCAGAAAAGAUGGAGGAAACAGCAGAAAUGGAGACAUCAAAGAAAGAACAGGAGCAACAGAUUGAGGAAACAGUAGAAAAGAUUGAGGUAGACGAAGAAAAGGAGGCACAGAAAGAAGAACAAGAACAACAGAUUGAAGAAGUAGAAAAGAUCGAGGAAAUGACAGAUGUGGAGGCACCAACAGAAGAACAAGAACAACAGAUUGAAGAAACAGUAGAAGCGAUGGAAGAUGCGACAGUAACAGAGGCAACAAAAGAAGAAGAACAGCUGGAGGAAAAAGCAGAAGAGAUGGAAGAUGCAACAGUAAUGGAGGCAACGAAAGAACAAGAACAACAGAUUGAUGAAACAGUAGAAAAGAUGGAGGGAGAAGAAAAGGAGACAUCGAAAGAGGAACAAGAACAGGUGGAAGAAGCAGAAAAGAUGGAGGAAACAGCAGAAAUGGAGACAUCAAAGAAAGAACAGGAGCAACAGAUUGAAGAAUCACAAAAUGUCCAGGAAAAGACAGAAAUUGAGGUAGAGAAAGAAGAACAAGAACAACAGAUUGAAAAACUAGAUACGAUGGAGAAAAGGACAGAAAUGGAGGCACCAACAGAAGAACGAGAAGUAGGAAAGGAAGAUGCGACAGUAACAGAGGCAACGAAAGAAGAAGAACAGGUGGAUGAAAAAGCAGAAGAGAUGGAGGAAGAAGAGGCAAACAAAAAAGAACAAGAACAAAAAACUGAAGAAGUAGAAAAGAUGGAGGAAACAGCGGAAAUGGAGACAAUGAAGGAAGAACAACAAGAACAGACUGAUGAAGCAGUAGAAAAGAUGGAGGAAAAAGAAAAGGACGCACAGAAAGAACAAGAGAUUGCCAAAAGAGUAGAAACAAUGGAGAAAGAAGAAGAAAAGGUGGCACAGAAAAAUGAUCAAGAACAACAAUUUGAAGAAGUAGAAAGGAUGGAGGAAAGGACAGAAAUGGAGGCACUGAAAGAUGAAGAACAACAGAACGAAACACUAGAAAAGAUGGAGGAGGAAGAAGAAAAGGAGGCACCAACAGAAGAACAAGAACAGGAGAUUCAAGAAGUAGGAAAGAUGGAAGAUGCCACAGUAAUGGAGGCAACAAAAGAAGAAGAAAAACAGACUGAACAAACAUUAGAAAAGAUGGAGGAAACAGCAAAAAUGGAGACACCAAAGAAAGAACAAGAACAACAGACUGAAGAUUCACAAAAUCUCCCAGAAAAAACAGAAAUUGAGGUAGAGAAAGAAGAACAAGAACAACUGAUUGAAGAAACAGUAGAAAAGAUGGAGGAUGCAACAGUAAUAGAGGCAACAAAAGAAGAACAGGUGGAAGAAAAAGCAGAAGAAAUUGAGGAGGAAGAAGAAAAGAUGGCACCGAAAAAAGAACAAGAACAACAGAUUGAAGAAGUAGAAAGAAUGGAAGAAACAACACAAAUGGAGACACAGAAAGAUGAAGAAGAACAACAGAUUGAAAAACUAGAAACGAUGGAGGAAAGGACAGAAAUGGAGGCCCCAAAAGAUGAUGGACAGCAACAGGUUGAAAAAGAAGUAAAAAUCGAGGAAGAAGAAAAAAGCGAGGCACCAGCAGAAGAACAAGAGCAAGAGAUUCAAGAAGUAGAAAAGAUGGAAGAUGUGACAGUAAUGGAGGCAAUGAAAGAACAACAACAGAUUGAUGAAACAGUAGAAAAGAUGGAUGAAGAAGAAAAAGAAUUGAAAAAAGAGCAAGAAAAACAGAUUGAAGAAGAAGAAAAGAUGGAAGAUGCGACAGUAACAGGGGUAAUGAAAGAAGAAGAACAACAGAUUGAAAAAGUACGAAAGAUGGAGGGAGAAGAAAAGGAGACACCGAAAGAGGAACAAGAACAACAGGUCGAAGAAGCAGAAAAGAUGGAGGAAACAGCAGAAAUGGAGACACCAAAGAAAGAACAAGAAGAACAGAUUGAGGAAACAGUAGAAAAGAUUGAAGUAGAAGAAGAAAAGGAGGCACAGAAAGAAGAACAAGAACAACUGAUUGAAGAAAUAGAAAAGAUGGAAGAUGCGACAGUAACAGAGGCAACACAAGAAGAAGAACAGCUGGAGGAAAAAGCAGAAGAGAUGGAAGAUGCAACAACAAUGAAGGCAACGAAAGAACAAGAACAACAGAUUGAUGAAACAGUAGAAAAGAUGGAGGAAGAAGAAAAGGAGACACUGAAAGAACAAGAACAGGUGGAAGAAGCAGAAAAGAUUAAGGAAACUGCAGAAAUGGAGACAUCAAAGAAAGAACAGGAGCAACAGAUUGAGGAAUCACAAAAUGUCCAGGAAAAGACAGAAAUUGAGGUAGAGAAAGAAGAACAAGAACAACACAUUGAAGAAACAGUAGAAAAGAUUGAGGUAGAAGAGGAGACCGAGAAAGAACAAGAACAACAGAUUGAGAAAGUAGAAAAAAUGGAACAUGUAACAGAAACUGAGGCACCGAAAGAAGAAGAAAAACAACAACAGAUUGAAGGAGUAGAAAAGAUGGAGGAAAGGAUAGAAAUGGAGGACCCGAAAGAAGAACAUGAGCAACAGGUUAAAGAAGUAGAAAAAGUGGAGAAAAUUACAGAAAUGGAGGCACCAAAUGAAGAAGUAGAACAACAGAUUGAAAAAGUAGAAAAUAUCAAGGAAAUGACAGAAAAGGAUGCACUGAAAGAUGAAGAACAACAGAUUGAAGAAGUAAAAAAGGUGGAGGAAAUGACAGAUAUAGAGGCACCAAAACAUGAAAGAGAAUUGAUCGAAAAUGUUGAAAAGAUGGAGGAAAUGACAGCAAUUGAGUCACCAACAGAAGAACAAGAACAACUGAUUGAAGAAGUAGAAAAGACUGAAGAUGUGACAGUAACAGAUGUAAUGAAAGAAGAUCAACACAUUGAAGGAGUAGAAAAAAUGGAGGGAGAAGAAAACGAGACACAGAAAGAGGAACAAGAACAACCAGUGGAAGAAGCAGAAAAGAUGGAGGAAACAGCAGUAAUGGAGACACCAAAGAAAGAACAGGAGCAACAGAUUAAAGAAUCACAAAAUGUCCAGGAAAAGACAGAAAUUGAGGUAGAGAAAGAAGAACAAGAACAACAGAUUGAAGAAACAGUAGAAAAGAUGGUGGAAAUGAUAAAAAUGAAGGCACUGAAGGAUUUAGAACAACAGAUCGAAGAAGUAGAAAAGAUGGAAGAUGUGACAGUAACAGAGGUAAUGAAAGAAGAUCAACAGAUUGAUGAAACAGUAGAAAAGAUGGAAGAAGUUGAAGAAACACCGAAAGAGGAACAAGAACAACAGGUGGAAGAAGUAGAAAAGAUGGAGGAAACAACAGAAAUGGAGACACCACAGGAAGAACAAAAUCGACCGAUUGACGAAGUAGAAAAGACAGAAAUUGAGAUAGAGAAAGAAGAACAACAACAACACACUGAAGAAGUAGAAAAGAUGGAGGGAAUGACAGAAAAGGAGCCACCAGAAGAAGAACAAGAACAACAGGUGGAAGAAAAAGCAGAAAAGAUGGAGGAGAGAGAAGAAAAAGAGGCAGAGAAAGAAGAACAAGAACAACAGAUUGAUGGAAAAGAGGAAAGAGCACUACCGUCAUCACCUCCAGAGUCUGAACUUGCUGGAACGCUGAGUCUUGAUGGCGCAGAAACAGGUAAUGAAGCUCCCAGAGUCCUCACAGAUGAAGAGAAUGAUUCAGGCGCUGCCAAAAACCACAAGGACAUUUAUCCCACGUCAGUGAGCAGCGACAAUGAGGCGGAGGGAGCUUCAACCCAAACUCAAGCUGAUUCUCUCACAGAUACAAAUCUACCUUCAGUCGAUGCUCAUCUGAAUCUGACGGAUCCUACAGAGGUGGAGAUACAGAAUUUGGAGGAACACGAACAGACUGAAACGUCAGAGACAUCAACUCCUGCUCCAGGACAAGUUGACAUCCAAGAUAUUACACCUGAAGGCAGCAAGGCACCCGGUCUGACCCAAAACUCAGCCGACAUAAUAAACUGUGGAAUCCUGUGAUGGAAGUGAAGGAAGACAAAGGAGACAAAGAGGAGGAAGGAGGUCAAAGCACUCAUAAGAUGAACGCCGAGGUGGAUGCAACAGGCGACAAGAAGAGCAGCAGCCAUCAGUCAUCAAAGUACAAAUCUGUGUCCUACAGGAAGAUCCGGAGAGGAAAUACCAGACAGAGGAUUGAUGAGUUUGAGUCCAUGAUGAACUUGUGAUCAAACCCUGAAUACCAGAGGAUUUGGAUCUGUCUUAGCUUUUUGUGAUCCUGUGCUUGUGGUUGAUUCCCCCUAGUGGUAACAUAUAGAGAAAAGUAGUGGACCCAGGUCAGACAUAUAUUAAAUGUCCACUCGUGGCAGUGACAGUGAGGACUUAAGGCAGGGAAGGGCUGUAUUGUUCAUCUUUCCACUUUUGUGCAUGAAGCGACACAAAUAGAAUAAACUUUAUUUAGCACUUUACAAAUUUUGAUGAUGAUGAAUGAAUCUUCAAACACAAAUUUGAGACUCGAAUAGGUUACAAUAAAAAGAUUAUGUCUUGCCCACUGAAAUUUAAAACUGAUCAAUGUUAUACUUUAUUUUUAUGCUUUUACUCAAGGUAUUUCCAUGAAGAGAGACAUUGCACGUGACCAAUAUGAUGGUACAUAAAUGUUAGAAGAAUCAUAAAUGAGAGAACAGAGUGAUGUGAUUAAUUUGAUAAUAACCACUGUAUUUUAUUUAUUGUUGAAUUUAAUGAUAUUUCAUGAACUUACUAAGAGAGUUUUGUUUUGUGUAUGCUAUUUCUCAGUGGUAUGCAGCAAAAUCAGUAAAUACUAAUUAACUAGUUAAAUCCACUGCAGCAGUUAUUGGUCUAUAUGGGUUUCUAAGUAGUUUUGAUACAGUACUUACUGACAUUCUCUUACUUUAAUUAUUUUCUUCUGUGUGUUAAGCUCAUUGAGAGAAUUGCCUGGCUACUUUGAAGAAUGUAUUUUUCCAUAUUAUGCUUUGUUUACCACAUAAUUCCACGUGUGUUAUUUCAUAGUUUUGAUGUCUUAAGUGUU